CUUUUAUAUACUAAACGGAAGCCUGUAGACAUCUUCCGUUGUGUCUCCCAUACCAAGCUAGCCUAGAACAGUGACCUUCUCCGAGUGUUCCAGCGCAGUUACUUUCUAGAGAUGGCAGGUGGUGCAUUUGCUGGCUGGUGGACAAAGGUGGCCCCUUACUACACCAGGGCAUACCAGGAGAUGUGGGUUGGUGUAGGAAUCAUGACCUUUAUGUACUACAAACUUUCAUAUGGAGGAAAGAAGAAAGCAGUGCAGUCAAAGCCUGCCCAUUGAUUGGACCACUGGGCAAGAGUGUCAUUCCCCAUGCCUCCUCUGUAAAUCUUCCCCAGAAGAACUUCAUCUGGAUAUCUGUAUUUUGUUUUAUGGAAAGAAUAAAAUGCUUGAUUUGGAUCACCCUAUUGAUAAUUCA